UCUCGACAAUGCACCACUCACUCGGUAAAUGCUUGUUGUCCGACUGCCAUUUCUCUGUCAAUCAACGUCUGUGUUAUAACAAGCCACUCACCCUGCAACUCGAUGACUCGUCGGUUCUUCAUCUUGAGCUCGGUUUUCCUCCAUACUCCUUCUCUCUAUCAGUCCACUCAUCAUGUCAUCCCCCGUAGCAGACAAAAAAGUACAUUGCAUGUAGAAAAAGCAUCGAACAAACCUCACUGUCAUCGUGUGUAUGACAUACCCAAAGUAGAGAAAGAAGAAAUAAUGGAAAUAAUGACCCUCAAAGUAUCUCUCGGCUCACUCAAUUGCUUCACAAGUAAACAAAAUUUCACUGAAAAUAAUGUCGCAUUCCUCUUUUCUCGCGUCUCCCGCUAGUUCGGCGAUGGAAGACCUCAUUCUGGGCAGUACUCCGAAGAUAAGAGAUUUCUCCACCUCAGCGGCUAGCACUACAGCAGACUUCCAUACUGCUCCUGUCCAUCCUGCAGUCUACUCCACUACUGCUCCACCAAGAGGCAUCAAGGUAAAAAGAAUAGGAAUAUCGAAGCACUCAUCUUCUCCAACGAGCUUCUUUCGCGCCGACUUCCCUGACCCAGCCUACGAGAAACAUGAUACGCCACCACCGACUACUCAAGGCUGUCGCAAGGUCAUGCGAGCGACCAAACAACUAGAGGACGUGGCUGCUCGAUUGAGAACAGCCGGACCGACAAGAUUCGGACGUAGAUACUGCCCUACACCAUUUGGAGUAUUGGAUGAAGUCUUAGGGGUAUUGACUGGUGGUAUGGGGAUGUUUUCACGAACAUCUGGAAGUGAUGUUGUUUCGAAACGGUGA